CUUUUAAAUAAAAUGGAUGACGACGGAAUCUUGUUAAACUUCAGCACACCUUCAGCACCAAAGCCUGUCGUUAAAAAGGCCAAGGCAGUAGCACCAGCUACUUCAAACGAUCCCACUUCCGAUGCUGCUUCAGCACCAGAAGGCGAAGAGGCAGCAGCAGCAACUGGACUUGCUCCCGGUACCAAAGUUCUCCAUGGCAGAGCUCAAAUUGCCUCUUCUCUCUUUUCCUCCAACCCUCUCAUUCCUACUACCUACCACAAAAAGACACUCAGUACUCGUCAAGGUGCAAGUAAUGCGGCCUUAGUCGAUUCAAGCUCUUUCACCGGAAUCGGUAUCGAACCCGAUCUUGCUGAUCAUUUAGUCACGAAAUUUAAUGUUACCACACCUACUAAUGUUCAGGCUAAAGCGAUCCCUGUCUUAUUGGGUCCUUCAUCCUCUGUCAAGUCUAUCCAUACUGCCGAAGAUGUCGAUGUUGUCGUUCAAGCCGAGACAGGUUCAGGAAAGACGCUUACCUAUCUUUUACCUAUUGUCAAUCGACUGAUUGCAGCUUCUACAGCACCCAAGGACGAUCCCAACCAGAAACCUUUUGGAGACCGUAUGGUAGGUACUGUUGCUAUUAUUUUGACACCUACCCGAGAGUUAGCACAACAAGUCUUGGGUGUCUUGACACAGAUCGUCAGUCUUCCCAGACCCAAGGACGAAAAUAUGCGUCGUUUACAUUGGAUUGUUCCCGGUAUUGUUAUUGGUGGUGACUCCAAGGCAAAAGAGAAGGCUCGUUUAAGAAAGGGUGUGAAUGUGUUGGUUAGUACUCCCGGUAGACUUUUGGAUCAUUUGGAAAACACACAAAGUUUCGAUAUCUCGAAUUUGAAAUGGCUUGUAUUGGAUGAAGCAGAUCGUUUGUUAGAUCUCGGUUUCGAAGAAACAUUGAAGAAGAUUAUGAAUUAUAUCGAUGAUAAGACCAUGAUGGGUGGUAAUGAGAAAUACAGAGAUUUAUUAGUUGGAAAGCAAUGGCCUAUCAGACGUCAAACAAUUUUAUGUUCUGCCACACUCCGAGAUGAUGUCAAGCAGCUGGCUGGUUGGUCGCUUGUCAAACCUGCCUUUGUUAGUGGUACAGACACAAAACGUGAUGCAUCCAAAGUGUUGGCUACAACGAACGACUAUGAAGAGGACGAAGAAAUGAAAUUCACAACACCCAAUCAAUUGAAGCAAACAUAUACCAUUGUACCCGCCAAAUUACGUUUAAUCACUUUGUUGGCACUCUUAAAAUCUUGCUUUUAUGAUAAGCGUACCAGAAAAUCCGUCAACAGCAAAAUCAUUGUUUUCUUCUCUUGUUGCGAUUCAGUCGAUUUCCAUUACGAUCUCUUUGCACACGCCGGUAAGCCUAUUUUAGAUGAGGACUCUGAUGACGAAGAAAAUGGCGAUGACGACGAAACGAAGAUCAUGAAGAAGGCAUUAAAUGAUAUUGUGGGAAAGAAGGAAGCCAAAAAGUUCUCCAAGAACAUUACAGGAAACAACAAGAACUUUAAGAGCAAUCGUUCUGAUGAUGUCGCUGGUAAAGAACAAGAAAAGAAGAAGAAGGUGGUCGAAGAAGCCAGUCAGAUCAGUACACUUUUAGGCGAGAAGCAAGUGUUCCGUCUUCAUGGUGAUUUAAAUCAACAAGUGCGUUCUCAGACCUUUGCAGAAUUCAGUAGAGCCAAGGCUGGUGUUAUGUUCUGUACCGAUGUCGCCGCUCGUGGUUUGGAUUUACCUAACGUUGAUCGUAUUAUCCAAUAUGAUGUACCCACCGAUCUUAAGGAUUAUGUUCACCGUGCUGGUCGUACUGCUCGUCUUGGUAAGGCUGGUGAAGCCACCCUGUUCUUAUUACCUAGUGAAAUGGAUUAUCUUGAUGUCUUGAAGGCUCAAGACUUACACCCCGAAUCUAUCACCAUGGAAACAAUUUUGAAGAACAUUGCUGAAAACGGUGAUGAUUUCCAAUCCCCCGCUCAAGAUAUUCAAAACACAAUGGAAAAUUAUAUCCUUGCCGAUGAAAGUCGUGUCAUGUUAGCUCGUAAAGCAUUUUGGUCCACUUGUCGUGCAUAUGCUACCCAUCCUGCUGCCGAGAAACAUAUUUUCCACGUCAAGAGACUUCAUUUGGGUCAUUUGGCCAAGUCAUUUGCUUUAAGAGAAGCACCAUCAAAUAUCCACGAAAGAACAAAGGGUAAAAAGAGAAAGGAUGCCAAGAAUGAGCGUAUGCCUGGUUUAAAGAAGUUUGAAGGCAAGGAUAAGCCUACAGGACCCAGAAAGAAUAUCAAGGAUCCCUUGAAGAAGAAUUUCGAUCAUGCGGGUGAAUUUGCUAUUGCAAAUGCUUCCAGCAUGAUGGAUGGUCCUACUACCAAGAAGAGAAAGAAGAUUGUUCCUAGAAACUUUUAGACUGUAC